AUGGCAGCCAACGCCCACAGCUACCUGUUCAGCAGCAGCGGCAGCACCAGCCAUAACCCGAGCACCAGCGCCGCCCCGAUCCCGUUCCGCCGGCGCCAAUCGUCCGACCCAGCUCCGCCGCUCUCCUCCCUGUUCGCCAUGUCGAGCCUCAGCCAGCAGCAAUCGCCGCCGGGCAGCGUCACGUCCGACGAGUCGUCCCCUCCCUCGCUCCUCUUCUCGUCCACCUCGGCGUCGCCCUCGUCCAGCAUCUCGUCGUCGCCUUCGCUCGAUCCGUCCAAGCGGUCGCUGGCGUUCCCGCCGCCGUUCUCGCUCGACGCCGGCUCGCCAGGAUCGGGCCUCAAGCCGUCCCCGACCCAGAUGGCCGUCUACGCGAGCAACAUCAUCCGCAACGAGGCGUACGCCCUCCUCGCCCUCGCCGCGCGACUCGCGCCCGCGGCCCACCCGCUCCACGACGAGGACGGCGCCUACUUUGGCCACACGGCGAGCGCACCACCGGCCUCGGGCAGCAGCAGCAGCUCGAGCGACGAGGGCGGCGAGGGGUCGCAGACGGGCGAGCUCAUGCCGCCCGACCUCGACGAGCCCGUCAGCGGAGGGAGGAGCAGCGACGACGUCCUCGUCGAGAGCCGCACCAACGUCGCGUUCCGCCAGGUCGUCGACUUGUGCCAGGCCAUGCCGCCGCACGGCAAGAUCCUCGUCACGGGCGUCGGCAAGAGCGGGAUUGCGGCGCGCAAGAUGGUGGCCACGUUCUGCUCCCUGGGCAUCCAGGCCGCCUUCCUCCACCCGCUCGAGGCGCUGCACGGCGACCUCGGCGUCGUGUGCCCCUGCUCGCCCUCGGCCCCCUGCGACACCCUCCUCAUGAUCUCGCACUCGGGCGCGACGGCCGAGUUGAUGCGCCUCCUCCCCAUCGUCCGACCACGCGUCCGCUCCCUCAUCGCCGUCACGCGCGACGCCGACUCGGUCCUCGCACGGUCCUGCCACGGCUGGAUGGACGCCGGCACGGGCGUGUACCCGACGGGCAUGCCCAAGGGCACGACCGACGAGGCCGACUCGGCGCUCCCGGCACCGACGAGCAGCGUCGUGUCGGCGCUCGCGAUCGGCGACGCGCUCGCCCUCACGCUGAGCCGCCUCAAGGUCGGCUGGGACGCCGACGGCAAGGAGCGCCGCCUCCAGUUCUUUCACUGCCACCCUGGCGGGCAGCUCGGCCUCCAGCUCGGUCGCGAGGGUCGCGGCGUUGAAGUUCCCUCGACCUCGCCUAUCGCCGCUCCUUCCUGCCCUCCCGCACCUGUACCCGCGUCCGUCGCCGCCUAGAGUGCCCCCUCCAUAUCCUUACACGCCCUCGAUACCCUCUCCUCGCCGCUCCCUCGACCAAAAGGCGCCCGGUCGCGCCUCUUCCUCUCCCUCCUCUCCUCUCCUCCUCCUCCCGCAUCCUACCUGUACAUACUCCUCGUUGUUGCCUUUCGUCACUCUCUCCCCUCUGUCUCUCUCUCUCCCUGUCUAUCUCCCGCUUGGUAGUGUCCCCUUGUCACACUAGGCUUCCUUCGCGCCUCC